GUCAGAACCAACUCUGCCAGAACUCUUGAGAAGAGUCAGAAGUUUAUGGCAACCAAGCAAAUGCUGAAUUAAGAAAAAGGCCACUUAAAAACGCACAGCCAUGAAACGCAACGCCCAGCUCUGGUGCCCUGUCCAGAAAGGCACCUACGAGAUGACCCGGAAGACUCGGCGGCAGCGCCAGGCCUGCGCCUGCCGCCUGCGCAAGCUCCUGGAGAACGGCUGCAGGAAAGACAUGGUCAUGUCUGACGUGGCCGUGGAGCAGGAGCGGGCCUUGAUCAGGAGGAAGAGGAGAGAACAGAUUGGGACUCAGCCCCCUGGAGCCAAGGCUCUGACUGAAGAGCAGCGGAUGAUGAUCAGGGAGUUGAUAACCGCUCAGGUGAAAACCUCUGAUGGCAUCUUCACGCGCUUCAAGAAUUUCCGGCUCAGAGAACUGGUAGCCAGUGGCCUCCAAAAUUCGGAGUCUCUGCAGACUCAGUCGAAUGAAGAAGCUGCCAAGUGGUACAAGAUCAGGGAAGAUCUACGUUCAGUGAAGGCCUCCCUGCAGCUGCGGGGGGAAGACGGCAGCAUCUGAAACUACAAGCCCACAGCCGACAAUAGUGGGAAAGAGAUCUCUUCCCUGUUGCCCCACAUGGCUGACACGUCAACCUACGUGUUCAAAGGCAUCAUCAACUUUGCCAAAGUCAUUUCCUAUUUCAGGGACCUGCUCAUUGAGGACCAGAUCUCCCUGCUGAAGGCGGACGCCUUUGAGCUGUGCCCGCUGAGAUUCAACACGAUGUUCAACGCAGAGACCAGGACCUGGGAGUGUGGUCAGCUGUCCUACUGCUUGGAAACCCUGCAAGGUGGCUUCCAGCAGCUUCUGCUGGAGCCCGUAUUGAAAUUCCACUACAUGCGGAAGAAGCUGCAGCUGCAUAAGGAGGAGUAUGUGUUGAUGCAGGCCAUCUCCCUCUUCUCUCCAGACCGCCCGGGUGUGGGGCAGUGCCGCUUGCUGGACCAGCUGCAGGAGUGGUUCGCCAUUACUCUGAAGGCCUACAUCAAGUGCAACCGGCCCCGGCCCGCCCACCGGUUCCUGUUCCUGAAGAUCAUGGCUAUGCUCACCGAGCUCCGCAGCAUCAACGUCCAGCACACCCAGCGGCUGCUGCACACCCAGGACAUUCACCCCUUCGCUACCCCACUCACGCAGAAGUUGUUCAGCAUCACAAAUGGCUGAGCGGCCGCCCCACGGCAGUCAGAGCCAGAGCCCUGGGAGCCAGAGCCACCACUCCUGGGGCCACACAGACAGACACUGACAAUGCCGGGCAGGUCCUGCCUCUCCAGGGAACUCACAAAGACAGCCGUGAGGGUGGCAGGCUAGCCUUCCUCAGCCCCCAGCUCAGCCUGGGGAGAGCCAAGCCCUAGAGCCUUACAUGAAGAGUAUGCUGGCCCCUUGGUCAGGCCUAUCGAGAGGCAAGGGCACCCUCCCCUUAGAAAAGGCCCUGGGUCUGGAGAUCUAGUAUCUUGGUGGGAGAGGGGAUAGGGGAUACGGUGCCUGGGGCUGGGGCAUCUGAGGGUCUAUGCCCACACCCAAGUUCGUUAGCUUCUUGGGUAUUUUCACUGCUACAUCUGCUACCCCUGUCUCCCACUCGCCAGCCGUUCCCAACCCACAGCCUCCUGUCCUGAGUUGCUCCGUGGGUUUCAGGCCUGUGUCCACCAGCAGGUGCAUUAGCGUCUGAGGGAGUCUUUUAGAGAGAGGCCAGAAGGCCUGCACCAAAUGUCACAAGCUUGUCAUUACCUGUCUCUGUGUUUAUUCUUCCCUCCUUCUGGGCACCUCAUUCUGUGUCUCUGCAUCCAUUAAAACACAUCAUUAAGCACCAACAAUGUGCAACCUGCUGUGGGGAAUACAUGCUGACUGACAUGGAUCCUGACCUCGAAGGGGUUAUACAUGUGUGUGACUUGGUGCAGGUUUG